AUGUAUGCGCCGUGGAGGGUGGUUUCGUCCACAUAUGUAUUUCCUCUUGCAUUUGCACUAGUACUUGCACGGGCACUGGCAUCCCCACCUCCACCCCCACCCGCAACCGAGCCAGCACUCGAUCCAUCACCAGCACCAUCACCCGAUCCACCACCCGAUCCAGCACCAGCACCCGAGCCAGCAACAGCAGCCCACACAAAAACCCUACACCCCACCUCCGCACUACGGCCCACCACCCACGCCAGCACCGUCGUAAGCACAUACAGCACGCCCGAGAAGUGGCGUCGAAGGGCGGUGCGGCAGAGGCCUGGGUUUGGUGCGGCGGCUAGGAUUAGGGGGCGGGCGGGGGUGGUGGGGGUGGGGGUGGUGCUUUGGGAAGAGGAAGAGGAAGAGGAAGAGGAAGAAGAGGGUGUGUGCACUGCGAGGCGCGCGGCGAGCGCUCGGAUGAAUAGGAUCGUUAAUACUGUUUUGUUAUGGGAUGGAUUUUGA